AUGUUGCUCUCACGUGUCAAGAUCCUUUCGCUUUUGGCCCUGGGCUGGCUCAAUGGAGUCAGUGGUAGGGCCGUGGCGCGAGACAUGCACCUCCUCAAUGGGAGGCAGCAGGAUGUUGUGACAUGGGACGACAAAAGUCUUUUCAUCAAUGGUGAGAGACUGAUGAUCUUCAGCGCCGAGUUCCAUGCCUUUAGAAUGCCAGUUCCACACCUUUGGUUCGACAUCCUCCAGAAGAUUAAAGCGGCCGGCUACAACUCCAUCUCGUUCUACGUCAACUGGGGACUGCUGGAAGCAAAGCCAGGUGAAGUCCGUGCUGAGGGUAUCUUCGCCUUGGAGCCUCUCUUCGAGGCCGCUCAGAAGGCUGGUCUGUACCUGUUCGCCCGACCGGGACCAUAUAUCAAUGCCGAGGUGUCCGGAGGUGGCUUUCCAGGAUGGCUGCAAAGAGUCCAAGGAGUCCUUCGAUCAGCCGACGAGGCCUACCUUAAGGCUACCGACAACUACACCGCCGCGAUUGGCAAGAUUAUUGCCGGUGCCCAGAUCACGAACGGAGGCCCAGUCAGCCUAUUCCAGAUGGAGAACGAGUACAACGCAGCAAUUGAGCCUUACCCCUUCCCGGACUACGACUACUGGAAUUAUGUUGAGAACCAGUUCAAAACAGCCGGUGUUGUGGUACCGUACGUCAACAACGAGGCCUGGCAGCUUGGUGCUAUCACGACCUCGACUCCCGCCAAGGUCGAUAUCUACGGUCACGAUGCCUACCCCCUUGGCUUCGACUGCUGGAACCCAACUGUGUGGCCUGAGAACGGCCUGCCCACAGACUGGCUCGCGACGAACAACAAGAUUGCUCCUGAUAGCCCUUACACUAUUGUCGAAUUCCAAGGCGGUGGUUUCCAGCCCUGGGGCGGUGCCGGUUUCGAAUCAUGCGCUGGUCUGCUGAACCACGAGUUCGAACGAGUUCUCUACAAGAAUAACUAUGCUGUCGGAGUCACCAUCAUGAACAUCUACAUGACCUGGGGCGGUACCAACUGGGGCAACCUCGGCCACUCCGAUGGCUACACCUCUUACGACUACGGCGCGCAGAUCACAGAGGAGCGUCUCCUCACUCGCGAGAAGUACAGCGAGUCGAAACUUCAAGCCAACUUCUUCCACGUUUCCCCCGCCUAUCUUGAGGCCGACCGUUUCAAUUCCUCCCUCGAGUUUACGAAUAACGAUGCCAUUACCGUCACGCCUGCGACUACCAACACGACCAAGUUCUAUAUUGCUAGACAUACUCAAUACGACACGCCUGAGACGGUGGCGUACAAGCUGAAGGUCGACACCGUCAAGUACGGCCAGCUCGAGAUUCCUCAGCUCAGCGACAGUCUUUACCUGACCAGGAGAGACUCCAAGAUUCAUGUCAGCGACUACCCUGUUGGGGACAAGAAUCUCGUGUACUCGUCUGCCGAGGUCUUCACCUGGAAGAAGUACGAUGAUAAGACAAUUUUGGUUGUCUACGGUGGCGCUGAUGAGCACCAUGAAUUGGCCGUCGAGGGUGACCAGGGCGAUGUUACCGACGAUGAUGUGAUCGAGGGCUCGGAUGUGACCAUUGAGCAGAAGGACGGCUACACUGUUCUUGGUUGGGCCGUCUCCGACGAGCGCAAGGUUGUUCGUGUCCACAAGGACCUUUACGUGUACCUCUUGACCCGCAACGAGGCCUACAAUUUCUGGGUUCCCCCUACCGAGGGCAACUACGCCACUUCAGACGUAAUUCUGAAGGCCGGCUACCUCGUCCGGUCUGUUGCAGUCGACGGCGACACGCUCAGUGUCUUUGGAGACGUCAACGCCACCACCCCCAUCGAGGUUAUCGGCGGCGCCCCGUCCUCUCUCAAGACUUUGAACUUCAACGGCAAGGCACUCGACUUCAAGCAAAACGACCGAGGCGUUGUUACUGCCAGCGUUGACUUCAAAGUCCCCGAGAUCAAGCUUCCUUGCAUCAGCCAACUGGGUUGGAAGUACAUUGACUCGCUUCCAGAGAUCAAAUCCGACUACUCUGACGAGCUUUGGACCAACGCCGACUUGAAGGAAACCUACAACACGGCGAACCCGCUCAAGACUCCAGUCAGUCUGUACGGUGGCGACUACGGGUACCAUACUGGUUCGUUGCUGUACCGAGGGCACUUCACUGCCAAUGGCGAAGAGAGCGUCUUCAACCUCACUACUCAAGGUGGAAACGCCUAUGGCGCUUCGGUGUGGCUGAACGACGAGUUCGUCGGCUCCUGGCCCGGCAAUGCUGUCACUGGCGGCUACAACAGCACCUUCACAUUGCCUAAACUCACCAAGGACAAGGAUUACGUCUUCACCGUUGUUGUUGAUCACAUGGGUUUGAACGGCAACUGGGUCAUCAAUGAGGAGCAACAGAAGAACCCCCGCGGAAUUCUCAACUACAACCUCGCCGGCCACGAGCAGUCUGACAUCAAGUGGAAGAUCACCGGCAAUCUUGGUGGCGAAGACUAUGCUGACAGAGAGCGUGGUCCUCUCAACGAGGGUGGACUUUUCGUUGAGCGUCAAGGAUACCACUGGCCUGAGCCCCCUUCAAGCUCUUGGGAGGACAGCAAGGGUCCCACUGAGGGCAUUUCCAAGGCUGGCGUUGCGUACUACUCGGCUUCCUUUGACCUUGACCUUCCUACUGGAUACGAUAUUCCGAUCUCCCUAACUUUUGCCAACACUACCACAACCGCUUACCGCGCCCAGCUCUUCGUCAACGGAUACCAGUUUGGCAAGUUCGUGCAUCAUGUUGGUCCUCAGACGCGCUUCCCUGUUCCCGAAGGUAUUCUCAACUAUCAGGGAUCCAACCACCUCGGCGUCACACUUUGGGCCCAUGAGAAGGACGGCGCCAAGGUUGAGGGACUGAAGUGGGAGGUGGGUAUGGUUAGUGCUACGAGCUUUGGAAAGAUUGAACCGGCGCCUCAGCCGAAGUGGCAGGAGAGAGAAGGCGCAUACUAG